CAGCGUGAACGUAUAAUGACAAUUGAGUUAUGUAUAAUGUGCCUAAUCGAAUACCUUUUACAUAAAUAAAUACAGUCAUACAUAUUUUUUAAAAUCCAUGGUUCAAAUAAUGUCUGCCGAAAAUAAUUAUUCCACUAGGAACAUGUGCACGUUUGAACGUCGAAAUAAGUGUUAGGUACACACUUUAUACUGUUCCGAGCUUAUAAUAUUUCCAAUUCUGUUUUAUCAAAGUCUUGGUUUUUUUUUUUAUGAUGAAAUUUGUGUUAAUCGUGAUUAUAUUUAUAUCUUUACAAUAUGAGUCUUCUCAAUAUGGCAUGAUGUUAUCUCCGUUUUUUCGGCCAUACUACAAUACAGAUAAGUACUCAGAGACUAUGUACGGACACCCGCAAACCACUGCAUUCUAUAAUGUCUAUAGAAAUUAUAUCCCGGAAAACAAGAGUUAUCUUAUUCCAAAAAAGACAAGAAAUAUUGAACAAACGCCAAGUCAACAGAAUGAAAUGCAAGAAAUGCAAUUAAGGUUAGAUUUUUUAAAGAAUCAUUUUAGAAAAUUUAAAGAACCAUCAGCUACUAAUAAUUCACCAAAGACAGAAACUAAUCCAAAUGCUGCAAUCUACAAAGGAAAACCUACAAGAAAAACUUCGGCAUCGUUUAGAUCAGCAUCUGUGUAAUAUAUUAAUUUAAAAAAAAUAAAUCUAAUUAACCAAGUGAUAAUAAUUAUAAUAGUAGGUAAUUUGAU